GGACACCGAAGAUUUUCUAAGUCUACAUGAAAAUGUCUUCAACAGUGUUGUACACACUGUUGAUCAUACAUUUCUUUGUGAGCUAUGGUAUAAAAACAGACAUGAAGAGAGAAUUAUUUUACCAGGGCAGGGAAUUGUUUUGUGCACAACUCCAGUGUACAGAAAACAUAAGAGAAGACACUCAGAUAUCAGCUCUGGUCAACAUGUCAGUCUAUGUGAUCAACGAACCAGGGGACAAGAUAAUGUUGGCGUCUGUUUCAGGAUCAGAUUCAAAGGCUCGAGAUUACAAAGUGCCUGGGGUUUUUGUGGACGGGAAUAUAUCCCACCAUGGCGGGGAACUGCAGUUGUUUUUGUCGAAUGAUUCCACUUGCCAUGAUACAACUUUGAAAUGUGAAAUAUACUUCACUUAUAAGACAGGAGAGAUAGGAUUCGCAGAAGAAGAGACUGCGCCAAUAUGUAAAGAGAACAUGCGGAAAUCAUAUUUAAUGAUGAGUUUAAAAGCAAAAACUGUGAACUAUGUUAAAACGGUGGACACUAUGGCCGCUUUUCUGAAAUCUUUUGAAGAUCCAGAUAAACUUAAGGGAGCUGACAUGUCAAUGUCAUUACAGAUGUCACAUUCAAGUAGCGACGAACAUAUAUAUGACAAUAUCCGCUUUCCUGUCAACAAAGAGAUUGUUGAUCAUCGUAAGCAAAUCGAAUCUUCUACUGGGUUGGACGUCAUCCAAGAAAAAAUAAACAAUGUAACACAAGAUGAUUUUAGAGACCAAAUGAAGUUUAUUAAUGAUCGAUUUAGUGAUUUAGAAGGACAACUAAACAAAACUGUUAGUAAACUAAAUACAACAAAAAGCACAUUAAGUAUUAAACAUGAUACUAAAGGUGACGAAAAUCGUAUCUGGACAAUAGAACAGUGUAAAAGAACAAAUAACUUCAACUUAACAAGUAUACAGCCUGUUCAGCUCAACCAAUCAAAGUUAACAUUAUGUGACACGAAAACGGGCGGUGGCGGAUGGAUUUUAAUACAGCGUCGUGUUGUGGGCGAUGUAAACUUUACCAGAGGAUGGGACGACUACAAACAUGGGUUUGGAUCAGAGGCAGGGGAUUUUUGGCUUGGGAAUGACUGGAUCUCCUGGCUUACUGCGAUAGGCUACACUGAGUUGAGGGUUGAUUUCAUCAUCACAGAUACAAGACAAUUUGCACAGUACAGCAAUUUUAAAGUUGACAACGAAGCGGCCAAGUACAGGAUGAGCUUUUCAUCAUAUUGGGGAAACUUUGCAGACAGUUUAAGCUAUCAUAAUGGGAUGAUGUUCUCCACGAUAGACAGCGAUAACGACGUCCAUACUGAGAACUGUGCCCAGUUAUACAAGGGGGGCUGGUGGUAUAGAAAUUGUUACCAAACAAAUCUAAAUGGUGUAUGGAAUGACGUUUCCAUUAAGGGUAUUCAUUGGGAUAGAUAUGUCAAGUUUGUUGAGAUGAAAUUACGCUCCCUAUAAGUAGAAAAGAAAAAUUAUUCAGUGCUAAUAGUUUGGACAAUAUUAUGUACACUAUUUUCUUAAAUAUUUGCUAGACUAUUUGUUUAAAAUAUUUUAAAAUGUUGCACUGUUAUGUUUCGUAAUUUAAAAAUACAUUUUUAUGCAUAUUUUAAAUAAGUACUGUUUGCUGUUACUGUUACUGUUCAGGAAUAUUUCAGUAAGUUAAAUUAGCGCUGGGUGCAUUAAAGUGUUGUAUUCAAUAAAUU